AUGUCUCUAUUACUCGACAGCCUUGAGGUAACCGUGAUUAUCGAUAAUGAGCUAGAUGUUAUGUCUCCUCCGCCGCCCACGGUACUGGGUUCUAUCGUCUCUCACGGUUCUUUGGGCAACAUCGCUCUUGAGUCCGCCUACGUCCACCGGGGCAAUGAAGAAGUUCGUGACCUGAGGAUGGAGAGCAUAUGCUGCGCAGCUCAUGGACUAUCCGUCUUACUGACAGGUACCAUUGGGGAUGAGAAGAGAAGCAUACUGUUUGAUACUGGGCCAGAAGAAGAUGCAUGGGAACGGAACGCGAGCAGACUCGGUGUAGACCUCUCCAAGGUCGAAGCCGUAGUACUUUCUCACUGGCAUCGAGAUCAUUCAGGCGGCAUGCUACGCGCUAUACGGAUGAUCAAGGAGGCCCAGGAGGCCCAAGGACCCAGCAGCCUAGGUCUUGUAGUAGACGUCCACCCUUCACGCCCCAAUUAUCGCGGCUUUCAGCUGGGUGAAGAAAUCAUAUCUCUUCAGGCAGAUCCGCGAUUCGACGAGAUGGCUACUGCCGGUGCUAUGGUAAGUAAGAAUGCGCAGCCACACGACCUGGCAAACGGUAUGUUCCAUGUUUCGGGCAUGAUACCGCGAGAAACAGCGUAUGAAACUGGCCUUAAGGGAGCCAUGCGACUCGACGACGAUGGGAGGUGGAAAAAGGACGAGGAAAUCGCGGACGAGCGCGUGGUCACGUGUCGAGUGCGGGGUCUGGGCCUUAUCGCGGUCACGGGAUGCAGUCAUGCUGGAGUUGUGAACACAGCAAGACACGCCCAGAGAAGCCGACGGCAACAUGAAACGGAGGAGAAAGAAGAAAGGGAGAAUGGCGGGGAGGACUUCUUUGCGAUAAUUGGGGGUUACCACCUAGCAACGAGCGACGAGGCAGCAGUGCGUGCCACGGUGGAUGAUCUAAAGAAAUUAAACCCACGCUUUCUUGUUCCCGGCCAUUGUUCAGGCUGGCGAGUCAAGAUGGCCAUUGAGAAUGCAAUGCCUGGCCGCCUGCUUCCUUGUUCCGCGGGCGCAAGACUCACCUUCGCUGAUCAACCUCCGCGUGUUGAUGAUCUAUCUGUACCUUGCAGUAACUCGACACAAACCUGA